AUGUCCGUCACACGAGUAAUUGACCUGGUUGGUAUCAAAACCGGCCAACAUCGGAUAUUGGGCUUCGGCUCUGAAAAGCGACGGAAAAUCCUAGUGCAUACGGAGUACAUUCUUAUCUGGUCAAGAGUGGGACGGAUGGACUGGGCUGCCAGCGUGUUGGUGCGCAAGGAAACCCCCAGGGGUCAUUUUCUCCGCCCCGCACAAGCAUCCAAUUUCACGAACAGGGUAUUCGUGAUUCCUGAUCUACUGUGUAGAGGCAACACCAGUAUUAAAUCGCAUGUCCCAUCAAUAUUCCGCGUUGGACCUUUAAACCUCAGUCCAAGCCGGGCUUCAAUCGGAGCUAUACUGGACGAAGUGGGUAUCUUCAAAUGA